CUGAGGGAAUGUGCAGCUGCCAAGCUUUGGAGAGUUCUUGUUGACCCUGACCUCCACAGGCUACCAGGGCAUCCAGACUUCCUGAGGUGAGACCACUCACAGUAGACUCUGAAACAUGGAUUCCGAAGGAUUCAUGCAAGCUUUCCAGAAUGAACUAACCUGCUCCAUCUGUAUGAACUACUUCAUAGACCCCGUCACCAUAGACUGUGGGCACAGCUUUUGCCGUCCCUGCCUGUACCUCUGCUGGGAGGAAGACCAGACUCCAAAGAGCUGCCCUGAGUGCAGGGGACUAUCAGAGAAGCCAGAUUUCAAAACCAAUAUUGUACUCAAGAGGCUGGCUUCCCUCGCCAGACAGGAUGCAGCUAAACAAACCAACAGCUCGGAGGCGCAGAUCUGCGUGACACACAAAGAAGCCAAAGGACUCUUCUGUGAGGUUGACAAGACCCUGCUCUGUGGCCCCUGCUCUGCGUCCCCAGAGCAUGCAGCUCACAACCACCGUCCAGUACAAUGGGCUGCUGAGGAAUACCGGGAGAAACUUCUAAAGAGAAUGGGCUCUUUAUGGAAAAUGACACAAGAAAUGCAAAACAAUCUGAAUCUAGAAACUCACAAAACUCAGUCAUUAGAGAACUAUGUGGCCGUAAGGAAGGUGAUGAUCAAAGUUCAGUAUCAGAGGAUCCACCUGUUCCUCCGGGAGGAGGAGCAACUCCAUCUGGAGGCACUGGAGAAAGAAGCGAAGGAGACUCUCCAGCAACUCAGGGAGAGUGAAUUCAGAAUGACUCAACAGAAAGAGAGUCUGAAAGAAAUGUACAGAGAGCUGACUGAGGUGUGCCACAAGCCUGACGUGGAGCUGCUCCAGGACUUGGGCAAUGUAUUGGAAAGGACUGAUUUGGUACAGAUGCGAAAGCCUCAGCCAGUGAACCCAGAGCUCACUUCCUGGCCUGUCACUGGAAUCCUAGACAUGCUGAACAACUUCAGAGAGGAUAACGUUCUGAGUCAGAAAACGACCAUUCACAAUGUGAGCCUUUCCGAGGAUGAUACAACUGUGAUAUAUGGAGAUGACCAUCAUGGCGUGUCCAGAGAGCUCCAGGGUGCAGAGAGUUUUGUGGCCUGGGGAGCUGUGGCCUUCACCUCCGGGAGGCAUUACUGGGAGGUGGAUGUGACACACUCCUCGAACUGGAUUCUGGGAGUCUGUAAAGAUAUCUUGACAAGCAAUACUGUUAUCAGUAUUGAUUCUGAAGAAGCAUUUUUGCUAUUUUCUAUGGAAGUGAACAAUCAUUAUAUUCUCUCCACGAACUCCCCACCCUUAAUUCAGUAUGUGCAAAGGCCUCUGGGUGGGAUUGGAGUGUUUCUGGAUUAUGACAAUGGAACUGUGAGCUUCUAUGAUGUUUGCAGAGGUUCCCUCAUAUAUAGUUUCUUUCCUUCCUUCUUUUCCUCCCCUCUGAAGCCUUUCCUUUGCCUUAGAAAAAUGGAUUCAGACAUCCCAGAAGCCUUCCAGAAAGAGCUCACCUGCCUCGUGUGCCUGAAUUACCUUCUAGACCCAGUCACCAUGGGCUGCGGACACAGCUUCUGUAGGUCCUGUCUCUGUCUUUUCUGGGAGCAAGCCGAAGACCCUGCCAGUUGCCCAGUGUGCAGGCAACGAUCAGAGCAGACAAACCUCAAAACCAAUUAUCUUCUGAAGAAUCUGGUGUCCAUUGCCAGAAAAGCAAAUCUCGGGCAAUUCCUGAACUCUGAGGAAUGUAUGUGUGGGACCCAUAAGGAGACAAAGAAGAUCUUCUGUGAAGCCCACAAGAGCUUGCUCUGUUUGGUCUGCUCUCAAAGUCAGGAGCACAGGGCUCACAGGCACCGUUCCACUGAAGAGGCUGCCGAGGAAUACUGGGAGAAGCUGGCAAACCAAAUGAGAUCUUUAUGGGAAAAGAUCCAAGAAAUUGAAAGAAAUCUCAAGAAAGAUGGCAGAGGAACUGACCCUUGGAUGUUUUAUGUGUAUCGAUAUGGAGACAUGAUUAGGAAAACUUAUCAGAUGGUAACUCCGUUUCUUCAGGAGGAAGAAAAUUACUACUUAGGGAGUAUUAUAAAAGAAAGCCAAAAGAUUUGCAAGCAAAUCAGAAAAAGACAAGAGGAAAUGAGUGGAAAGAAGACAGAACUCAAAGUAAUAUACAAAGAGCUCAUGAAAAUGUCCUAUAAACCAGAUGUGGAGCUGCUCCAGGAAUUGGGAGACAAACUGAAAUGGAGCGAGUCAGCACAGCUGCACAUGCCUCAGCCUCUGCUGCCAGAACUCCGUGCACGACCUAUCACUGGGCUGAUGGACUGGCUUAACCGCUUCCGAGUAAAUAUUGCAUUCAAUAAUGAAGUAAGCAGCCAGCACUUCAGGCUGUUUGAUGACGCGAGAAGUUUGAAGUAUGAGCAUGACAGCCUCUGUGUGUCUUUGGAUGGCAGAACAUCGAAGUAUUUUGCUGCAUGGGGAUCCCAGGGCUUCACCUCUGGCAAACAAUACUGGGAGGUGGAUGUGGACGGCUCUUGGGACUGGGCUGUAGGCGUCUGUAAGGAUUCCUGGACAAGGAAGGAUGAUGGCAUACUGAAGGAAUCCAACAGGGACAGCUUUCUCCUUGUGUGUGUGAAGGAGGAUCAUCAUUACCGUCUCUGGACCACCACCCCAACCACUCCUCUGUACAUAGAGAAACCUCUGGGCAGGGUUGGCGUGUUCCUUGAUUUUGACAGCGGGAGUAUGAGUUUUGUGGAUGUUGUCAAGCGCUCCCUCCUUUGGAGGUACGAGGAUGGCCUGUUCACUUCCCCUGUCAGGCCUUUCAUUUGCACUGGCCACACGUGAGGCGGGCUAAGUCAGGACCCUGACUGGAUGCUCAGGACUCCUUCGCCGAGGCAACCCUUCUCAGGUGCAGCAAGUCAAGGAUACUUCAUUGUCUUUAGUUUCUUUCUACUGUAAUGGAACCUCCUUUUAUUGCCACUUGUUAUAAAGAUAGUGUCAAAUGCAAACUUUUGUUGGUGUCUUCCAUCUUCUUGACAAUAAAAGCUUGCCUUAUAGA